GGGGCGGAGUCAUGACUAAAUCAGACACGAGCGCUUGCGGCGGGCAUAAUUGAAAGUUGUGGACCUUAAUUUUUCUAUGUAUUCAGUAGUGAAAAUUGUAAAAAUCUACAAAAAUUCGCACUGUAUUUAAAAAUCAGAUUUACUUGUGUUGUUCAUUGAACAUAAAACGAUUUAUUGGUACGCUGUCCAUUUUUUGUCACCCGCGUUUCGUUUGGAAGUGCAAACUCGACGUUGUAUAGUGCUUUUAGGUUAUAAACGAAAUAUGGGAAAAACAAAGCCACCUGCAAAUAAAUGUUGUGUUCCAGGCUGUCGUGUUAGUGACAGUUCCUGUAAAAUAAAGUUUUACGGAUUUCCUGUACGAAAGCAUAAUCUUGAAAAACGAUCAAAGUGGAUAAAAGCGUUGAAAAGAGUCAAGUAAGUAAGAACAUGAUUUUAAUGACAAUUUACUUGGAAGUUAUUGUGCAACAAAUCUAUAAAAGUCAUAUUUCAUUAUACUCCAGUGUCGAUGGUAGUCCGUGGGAGCCGAGUUCAAGGUCGCGUAUAUGUAGCCAGCAUUUUGUAGGGGGAGAAAAAUCGGAACAUCCUUGCAGCCCUGCAUACCUUCCGACGAUAUUUCCGGAAGAAUAUUACGGUAAACAAAAGCAUUCCGAAGCAGCGCUAUUAAGAGCACAAAACAGGUAUAGAAAACUUAACCUUCAGUUUGCGAAAGGAAAAAACACGUUUUACACUUAUUUUUCGAUCAUAGGUUCACGAGAGCAAUGCAGAGGUGCCGAAAUUCUAACAACUCCAAGGAUAAAGACGUUCAGCAGUUCACAGAUAUAGGAGAAGGAAAUAAUAUGGAGCAAGAUAUUAUUAGUAUGCAGCCACCGAAACAGCGGUUCUGCGAAUCUGCGACCCAGGUCGAUUUUUACAACGAUGAACUAACGUCAACCUACAUAAACAUGUUCGCUUUUGUACGUGUGAAUGGGAAAAUCUGUGAGGCUGGAACCCAGGCGAAUAUCUCAUUUGAAAAGCCAGUAAAAAAAAUUGUUAACUCCAAGAGCACGGUUGAAAAAGG